CUUUACGUAACCUCUAUGUACCCAUCCGGGGCUUGCUGUUCUUUCGUGUUCCAUUCUCCAAACCAAACGACCUCCUUCAAAGCAAUUUAAUUGGAUGCGACAAAUUACUACUGACUGGUGGCCAACACAAUCCCAAACAUCAAGUCAAAGAGUAGAAAUGAGGAGAGGAUAUCCAGGUCACGACGAACAACUGAAACAAAAGAAAAUGAAGAGUCCCGCAGACGUCACUGUAGAAGAUCUUCACCCUGAGAAGCACAAUCCCGUCCACGUUAAACAGAAGGAGGAGCCUGACAUGCCUUUGAUCAAACAGGAGGCGGAGCCAGAGACCUCUGACAUCAAAGAAGAAAAACAGGAAAUUGAAAUCCUCAAGUUUCCAAUGGGUGUCGGUGUGAAGAUCGAAGAAGACGAAGGACCCAGCGAAGAGAGCGGAGCAGCGAACCCUUUGAGCGACAGCUCAUUUCAGCACCAGACAACAAAAGGAGAGCAACCGGACGGCCUCUUAGCUCCGCUUUCGGACAGCGAUGACUUAACGUCACAUUCUUCUGACUUUAAUACUGAUGAGGAGGAGGAUGACUUUGACCAAAACGCUUCAAAAUCCUUAGACAAGUCAUCAUUUAAAAUAGACACAAUCGAAGGCGUGGUUGUGAAAAGUUUUCCCUGCUCACUUUGUGAUAAAAUAUUUCCUUGGAAAUGCUCCUUAAAGGCACACAUGCGUAGACACACUGGAGAGAAGCCUUUUGCCUGCACAUUUUGUGGUAAAAGAUGCACCCAUAAAGUAGGUUUAAAUUUUCACAUGAGAACACACACUGAAGAGAAGCCUUAUGCCUGCACACUUUGUGAUAAAAAAUUCUUCAAGAAGGCAGAUUUAAACUCUCACACAAGAACGCACACUGGAGAGAAGCCUUAUGCCUGCACACUUUGUGAUAAAAAAUACUUUACAAAGGAAAAUUUAAACUAUCACACAAGAACCCACACUGGGGAGAAACCUUUUGCCUGCACAUUUUGUGGUAAAAGAUGCACCAAUAAAGGAGGUUUAAAUUAUCACAUAAGAACACACACCGGAGAGAAGCCUUAUGCCUGCACACUUUGUGAUAAAAAAUACUUCAUGAAGUCACAUUUAAACUCUCACACAAGAACACACACUGGAGAGAAGCCUUAUGCCUGCACACUUUGUGAUAAAAAAUACUCCUCAAAGGAAAAUUUAAACUAUCACACAAGAACACACACUGGAGAGAAGCCUUAUGCCUGCACACUUUGUGAUAAAAAAUACUCCACAAAGGAAAAUUUAAACUAUCACACAAGAACACACACUGGAGAAAAGCCGUUUACAUGCUCACUUUGCGGUAAAAGAUUUCCUCAGAAAAAACAUUUAGUACGCCAUGCAAGUAGCCACACUGAGAAAAAACCUUUGAAUUCUAGCGUGUGACAAAAUAUUCUGAUUCCUGCAUUUACAAUAGAAAAAGCAUUUCAAUUUCAUUAUUCGGUUUCUCACGAGCCUCUUUUGAAAAAGUUGUCCAUGAUUUUUCAUGUGCUGUUCUUUUUUACAACUAUCCAAUUCAUUUAUGGCAGAACACACAGACAUGGUUGAAAUGGCAGUUUCUGCUCUUGCACCCCUCUUUAAAAUUGUCAAAUUUGUCAAAAUUAUUAAGUAAGUGUAGAAAUGGCUGCAUGGUUGGUGGCUUGGUGGUCAACCAUCUAAUGUAUGCAGAUGAUUGUGUGCUACUUAGCCCAAGCUCAGCAGGUCUACAGCAGCUACUCAAUGUGUGUUCAGGGUAUCGGGAGUUACACAACAUCAAAUACAAUGAAUCAAAGAGUGUCAUUAUGAUUUUAAGAACCAAAGAGGACAAACGUUUGGUUUUCCCUAAUUUUAAAUUGUCUGGUCCUGUAGUCAGGUAAAAUACCUUGGUCAUCUGCUCAUGGACACUCUGACUGACAACGAGGACAUAUUGCGACAGUGUGGCUCAUGUGUCUCUCGAAAAUUUGGUCCAUGCUCUGAUGAGGUCAAGCUCGCCCUGUUCAAGGCUUAUUGUACUCCCCUCUACACUGCGCAUCUGUGGUCAGAUUACACUAUGACAAGUUUUCAGAGACUGCAAGUGGCAUACAAUGAUUCUUUGAGAAUCUUGCUGAAAAAGACCCAGAUGGUGCAGUGCCUCUGAAAUGUUUGUAUCUGCUCAGGUGAAUACUCUCCAGGCCCUUCUAAGGGUGCUAAUGUUUAAUUUUAUUUAUCGUCUGAAAUGUUCGGAAAAUGUGACUGUCUGGGGCCUGACAAACAUUUUGCAUAGUUCUACUCGCUGCUUGUCACUGUUCUGGAAGCACUGGAAUAGGUGCCUUUUAAAACUGGGCCAAUAGAUGGCCUAAUUUUUGUAUCACUGUAGUUUACCUUCUUUUAUUGUUAUGUUAUUUUUAGUUUUGUAUGGUUCGUUCCCUUGUAUAGACCCUACUCACCUACGUCACAAAAUGGGCGUGUCGCUGUUUCCGGCCGCCAUACUGUACCUCUUUUUCAGACCUAUUCUCAUUGUUUUCAAUUAGUCGAGCAAGUUAUAGAGCAAUUCAUGGAAGCCCCGGUGUCAUCUGACGCUGUAAACUCAUUGGAUCCGUUGCAUAAAAGGCGUUACGUGGAAAAGCUUCAGUUUAUCCAUUCGCCAGAUCCGUAUUUGAUGCCUAAAUCGAUGUUUUUCGACCCGCUGGCUUCGCCUGACAUCUGAUACCCACACAAAAUCAGCCUAUUCUCACGAAAGUUUGAAAAACUUUAAGAGCUUGGAGGCUUAUAAAUGCUACGUUGCUGGUUAAGUGAAACACGUCCUCGUACACGAAAAUUCGGCAGGAAUCUUGUGCUCGGAAGGUGAGUUACGAAAUUUUCAAUUCAAAAUCUUUUGUUCUUGCUAACAUCCACUGUCAAGUCUAAUGUAUUUCAUGUCAUUUGUCAAUGGAGCUAGGGCUUUUAAUGUUUAUAUGGUUUAGCGAUAGCACUAACUACAUACUGUACAUACGUGUAUGUUGUCGGCGAUUAGCCUAGCAAUUAUCUUAAUUGUGGUUGUCAGCCCAAAACCCUCUAAAUAUAUAUUAAAUGCAUCUUACCAGAUAUAAAAUGACUACUACAUAAUCUGUGGUAGUCGUUAGGAGCCCAGUUUUCUCGUCGAAUUGCAGCAGUCAAUCGCGGCCUCCUCUUCGGAUCUCUCGGAAUACGGUAAAAAUUCAAGUCUCUCCGUCUAUCGUCUCUGUUUUUGCAACCGACCGCCACACACGACUUCACCAUUUUGAGUAUUAAUGUUGACGAGCAGUAAAACGUGCAAUAAUAGGAAGAAUUUACGAAGCGCUAAUGCAUUUCUAUGGCGAGUAUGCGGACAUCAUGGCGCGGGGGCGUGGCUGUGACGUCACGUGAGUAGGGUCUAUUGUGUGGUUGUGGCGGAAGUAAAGCCGAAGUGGGACGACAUAGACCCGCCCUCGCAUAGACCCAACGUAAAAAGUGCUACUUUUCUCCGGUAAUCUUUCAAAAACGAACAUGCCGAUCACGCAUUGCUUUUUUGGAACUUGUAGAAACGACUCUAGACAUUAUGACACAUGAAGGAUGUUUUCUUUAUACGUUUCCGGAAACCAAAAACUCGGGAGUAAAAAAUGUGACGACCGCGGACUUUAACACCAGCUCGGUGAAUUCAUUCACAUUUCAUAUGUAGUAAACAUUAUGUUGGGUUGGCAUGGUCUUUCAGAGGACAAAGAGGUAAGCCAUUUUUAUAUUUUUAACUUAUUUUUUUAGUGUAACGUUGUGCCGUACUGCUUCUGUCUGACAAAGAAUGACCAGAAAAGAAUUACAAUGGUAUCUGACUGCCACU